CGCGGGUUGCAAAUAGAUGCAAUAGGUGCCUUCCUUCUCAUCCUCAAAACACUCAAAUAGCGAAGUCAUGAAGGGACUGGUGCCUCUAGCCAAGCACACCUCUCCAGAAUGUUCAACUUUACCUUUACAAUAUCUUGUGUGGCUCUGGCGUUGGCGAGUGGGUCAUUUGCUGCCAAUGCCAAACGUGGUCUCGCGUUUGCUGAUUCCGACAAUACUGGCGACAUCACAGUCGCUAAAAAUACCCAGGUCUCUUGGGUAUAUGACUGGGGCAGUACCGCUCCAAACUAUCUGAAAAAUACAGGCAUUACCUAUAUCCCUAUGCAAUGGGGUGAAGGCAAUGUCAAGAAUUUCAUGGCUGCAGUGCAGGCUCAAGGAGCGAAGACCGUCUUAGGUUUUAACGAACCUGAUCUUAGUUCACAGUCGAAUAUUGAACCUAUGGCUGCUGCAUCAACAUGGAUGCAGUACAUCCAACCUCUGAAGGCAAAUGGCGUCCGACUCGGUAGCCCCGCUGUGUCCAAUGCCCCAUCAGGAACUCCCUGGUUAUCUCAAUUCUUCGGAAAUUGCACUGGAUGCACGAUCGAUUUCGUAGCUCUUCAUUGGUACGGUGAUGGUCUCGACAAUUUUAAAAAUUAUGUCGAGUCGUUCCAUGAGAAAUUCUCAUCGCCAUUGUGGGUCACGGAGUUUGCAUCUACUUCUUCAAAUGUUACCGAGGUGGAAGACUUCUGCACCGGUGCAAUAGCUUAUCUGGAUGGUUUGGAUUGGAUUGAAGGGUAUGCCUGGUUUGCAUUCUACCGCCAGGAGUCAGGUUCCUACUACAACCUUCUUGGCGCUAGUGGCCAGCCUAACGCACUCGGAGACAUCUACCUUGGCACCAACUAAGGAUUUACAGAUUUGCGAAAGAGUCGAGAAAUAACUGUUAUAUACAUACUUCCAACAAGUCGGUACAUACUAGCGCUCGAAAUUGUCUGACAUAGAACUUGAACACAGACAA